AGGGCGGGGCUUGUCAGAAAUCAGUGGGGACAAAAAACGCCCCUUUAGUUUUCCUGAAAGAGGCGUUACGUACAUGACAGCAUGACAUAACGCUCAAGAUCAGGAUUGCAGCAAGACACACUGCUAGUGAGCGUGAGGUUUUACAGUAAAAUCUCUUUCCAAGUGGACUUGACCAAGAGCGUUUCAACUCGCCGAUAUGUCUGAUGCUGUAAAAAAUGUGGCAAUGUUCGGCUGCACGGGGAUGACGGGGUUAGCGACCUUACCUAUCGCAGUGACCGCAGGUUACAAUGUGACGGUGCUGGUGAGAGACGCUGCACGGCUCCCUCCAGACCACAAGGCCUCCAGAGUGGUGGUGGGAGAUGUUUUGAACAAAGAAGAUGUUAAGAAGACGCUGGAGGGUCAGGAUGCUGUCAUCAUCAUUCUGGGGACAAGAAAUGAUCUCAGUCCCACAACGAUGAUGUCUGAGGGAACACGGAACGUUCUGGAGGUCAUGAAAUCCCGUGGAAUCCGCAAAGUUGUUGCAUGCAUGUCAGCGUUCCUCCUGUGGGAUCGUGCCAGAGUUCCUCCCCGUCUGGUGCCGGUCACUGAAGAUCAUGACAGAAUGUACACUGUCCUGAAAGAGUCAGGACUGGACUAUGUAGCGGUCAUGCCUCCACAUAUCGCUGAUGACAAGCCUCUGACAGAAAAAUACACCGUGACUGAGAACAUGUUGAAAGGAAGAGUCAUCUCCAAAUAUGACCUGGGCCAUUUCUUUGUCAAGUGCCUUUCCACUACUGAAUGGGAUGGAAAGACAGUUGGAGUUUGUGGAGAAUAUAGUUAAUCUACUCAGGGCUUUGUUUAAAUCUGUUGUCAUUAAAGGUGUGCUCAGUAGUUUUAGUGUAUUUUACACUGUCCAAAAUGACUUUAUUUUUGAGAGGCUGUUCACUGCGGACACAAUGGGUGGAGCUUGAAAGUCCAGCCACUCCCUAACCCUACCCAUAACCCUAUCCCUAAAUGUAACUAAGUCAUGCUCCACCCAUAAUGUCCAGAUAAUGUCAUUUGGCACUUCAGUGAGCACCACUUGUUAUUUUUUGCAGCCGAAGUAAGAAGUUUCUACUGAUGCUAUUAGCCAACGUCAGCCAUGAUUAAUUCUGCUAGCGUCAAAUAACAGAGAAACUUCUGAUUGCAUUUUUUUUCAUGAACGCAUAUGCUGUCCAGUAAUAAUUGUACUUCAAGAUAAUCAUUGUUUAGAAUUUCAUUUAAAAUUAUUUUGUAGUUACUGAAAAAAACGGGUGGUUGGAUUGAAGAGAUCCUCACUGUUUUUGUUUGCCUUAAAAACAUUGAAUGAAAAUCAAGGCUAUGUAAUUUGCCUAAUAAUGUAGAUUUUUUUUAUUUUCUUUUUUUAAAUAAAGAUGUUCUUUCUUGUU